CUGAAAAAUCUCCAUAACUAUGAAAAGUUUACAUAUCCCUUCUUUGAAACUGAAUCAGAAUUACAACUCUAAAAACCCAAUGUUAACCAUGUUCAUUGCUGGUUGAAUGGAGCAAUUACAUAAGAAGGCAUACAUAUUGGUCCAAAAUGUUGAAAUACAUCCCACCUUUGGUAAAAUCUCAUCAGGGCAAUCUAGAAUACAAUAGAGAUGGAAAAUGAAGCCUUAUUUCUAAUGAAGAUGGAGAUUAGUUGUUGAGACAGUUGCUCUUAAUCCAUGACCCAUGUUUGGGAUCUGACUAGAAGAUAUCUUCACCUUGUUAAAAAAAGAAAAACAUAGAAAUAAAAAAUUAGUAACCACACAAGUUGAUUAAAAAUCUUGUGCCAUAGUCCAUUGAUGAAUUCUUGGCUAAUUAGCGUCUACUUAAUGAAUUCAUACACAUAGUGCAUUAUAAAGACUUCAUGUGAUUACAUAACAUUUGCUAGAAAUUGGAAAAAUGAAAGUGGAUAAUGGGAGCUGUAAAAACAUGAUUGAAUGCAUUAUAUUGAUACAAAACCAAAGGGAAUAAACGUUAGAGCAACAGGGAAUACAAAUUCAGCAAAAAUAAAGUAUUAAUAAGUGAAUCGGAACAUCCUAAAAAGGUGAAUAAGAACAUGAGUGUGGAGAUAAUGAACCAACAAUGAACUAUACUUGGCAUUUUCAUGUCUGUAUAUGAACCCUAAUUUGAAUAAAAACAUUGAUAAAACUAAUACUCAAUAAGUAAAUAAAAACAUAAGCAUAGAUUGGAAUGAGAUAUUGCACAUAGGUGCUUUGCAUCGCAAACUAAAAGCAAACAACUAAACUAAGAUCAUAUCGGAGUCAUAAAAAUAUAUUCUGAAAGAAUGAAAAAUUGAACACAAGAAAUUGACGAAUAUCAAGAGCUUCUCUAAAGGGAUGAUUGAGUCUCCAACAAUGAUAAAUUAAGUUUAUCCCAUCUACAAUUUAGUUGGAAAGAGGAUCGUGUGCAAGAAAUUUGGAUAGGUAGAAAAAAAUGAGGGGAGAUUUAGCGCUGAUAUUGCGGAAUUGAUCGGAAGAUUUGACAGAGAGAAACAAGUAGAAUCGAAAAAUACCAAUUUGGCCAUGGUCUCACACAAUCUUACAAUUUCCGAAUCUAAGAAUGUUAUGUCUAGAUCUUUCUCUUUAUCGCGCUCUUUUGGUUUAUGGCUUUCUGAAUCCCUAAGCCACCCACCUUUGGCUAGAGAGGGAUGGGUGAUUACAAAAUUUGAAGGGGGAGUAACUGCAAAGUCCCACUGGGAUUCAAACCAAUUUGGAAGUUUCGUUCGAAUAAGUGCAGGAUCCGAAAGGGAGCUGUUUUAUAUUUGUAUCCCAGUAGGCAGGAAAUCAGAUGGAAUUAGGCUGUUUAUAAAAGCUUUGAAUGAAGCUUUAAAAUCUCAAGUGGGGACUGUAUCCGCAGAAAAGGAAAUAUACUCUCUCUGGAGAGCCGAAGCUUCAAUCUCACAAGAUUUGACAGACCAGAUGCUUUGGGUGGAGAGGGUAGAGGAAGGACACUUGAGGUUCACUUCCAUAUCCUCAAAUCUUCUGGGUCAAGAUGUUACACAGACUCGGUACAUGGAAAGGACUAACUCAAUGAGAGGGAAGAGAAGUCUGGAAGGCGACGAGGAGAAGCAGCCUGAGCGCAAGCGACCUGCUUUAGCGAGGCCAGAGCUACAGUGCCGCACAGUGCCUUCGGUGGUCAGCACAGUUACCCUGGUCACCCAAACAGGGGUUCUAAAUGAUGUAGGACUAUCACGGCGCCCGCAAAGCAUCCCUGACGGCCACUGCAUAUCAAUUGAGAGUGGGGAUGAAGAAUGGGAUAUUCCUCGUGCCCACAAAAAGAAGAAGGUCAAGGCCCCAAUACCAGCUACCUCUUGGGACUCUAUCUUUGACAGGUUAAGGGAAAGGGAUGAGUGCCAGCGUAAGUCCGCCAAGCUAAGCAAAACUCGCGUACUCGAAUUUAACGACUAUGCUAUCUUAGGUGAUGAUGUACUCAUCACUGAUGGUAACGUGCCUAGGACAUAUCGAGAUAUCCUUGCGAAACAUGGACAUAUCGACAUAUCGAGAAUCCUAGCACAUGAAGUGAAGGAGUUGAGGAAUAAGAGGGUGCCUCUAGUCAAAAUCUUGUGGCGUAACCAUGUUGUUGAAGAAGCUACGUGGGAGACUGAGGAGUCUAUGAAGGUUCAGUAUCCACACCUUUUCAGUGACAAUGAUUCAGAUGAUUUGUUGGGCGUUUGGGCUCAAUUUGGGCCAGUUGGGCCGGCUGCCCGGGUUGGCAGCAAGGGUUUCCGGGCGGUGGGCAGCCGCCUGAUGGGCUUGGAUUGGCGGUUUGGGUUGUCAGCGGACCGGUGUGCUACUGAAUUGGUAUCCGAAUUUGCGACAUUUUCAAAACAAUUUUAAACAAACAUUCUUUCAAUACAUAUGAAAAUCCAUCGGAGUAAUUUAAAAUAAUGCGGAAGCCUUUUUAAAGUCAAACAACUUGGGAUCUUGCCCGAAAACGUAAUAAGCAUUAAAGUUAAUUAAAUAAAGCAUAAUCAACAGAUUAAAGAGACAGCCACGCCAUCGUACAUCUCCUCCUCAAUGCCCUCUGGGAUCGGCUCUAGGUUCAUCUGUCUGAUCACCUACGGACAGCAAAAGAAAACAACGCUAUCCGCUCAGCAUUGACGCUGAGUGGUACUCCAUUGUAGCACAAGAAUAAACAUAAUAAUUCAACAAUUAAGAUCGUGCAUAUGUUUAUCCUUUUAAUAAAAAUCAAUUCAACUUUACAUUCGGUUCUUUAGACGGUUGACCAACAGUCAACUUAUUUUCUUUCUUUUCAAAACGAUUUAGUACGGACCUGGAUUACGCCGAAAUCGAAUCGAUAGCUCGAACGGAAGACAAAUCAACGAAAUCAACCGAACGGGUCAAA